AUGUUGUUGAGAGUAUUGCUUUUCUUUUUGGUCACUGUUGUUAGUGCAAUUCCGGUUGAUAAUGUAAUCAUUGACGAUACCCCAACUGAGGAGGAUGGGGCAGCUGUUGCUAGAACUUUGGUUAAUAGAGAGUCCCUUGCCAAUGUAAACACUAUUAAACUGAUUAAACAAUCAGAUGGAACAACAUUACAUCUUCCAGUUUCUGCUGUUGAAUACUAUGCUGAUUGUGAUAAUGAUGGGGAUCCAUACUGGUUGGUCAUUGACAUUGGUGGUCCAAACCAAAAUAUUAUUAAAGGGUCACCAUUUUCAUUUACUAUUAGAGUUGGUGAUCAUCCUAAAUAUGAUAAAGAUGUGUCAGAUGAGUAUCCAGGAAGUAUAGAUGGAAGUGUUGCUGGAUCACCAAGAGUUCAAUUGACUGGAUCUUUGCGUUCUAUUUAUUUCGAUAAUCCAUUUGAUCCAAAGAAGCUUGCAUUAGAGAAAUGUUUCUUACAAAGACACCCAGAUGCCUCUGCAUGGUUGCCAAGUAAUUACCUUUCCCCUCACAAAUCACAUUGGGCUAAGUUAAAGGUUGAUGGUGCAUAUUUGAUUGGUGGUUUUGGUGGACGUGGUUAUAUUGGGGAAAUUGAUUCUGAGCUUUACCAUUCAGCCGAUAUUAUUGAAUGA